AUGACAGAGAACAUCAAGAGUCUGGUUGAUUGGGCCACAGCUUCUGGGGCUUAUCUUCAUCCUGACGUUGAAAUUUAUAAAGAUGCAGUAACAGGUUUAUCGUUCAAGGCGCAACAAACGAUAGCUCCUCAAACGAGUAUUGUGCGAUGCGCAUACCAAAUUUCUCUAUCAUAUCUAAAUGCAAUUGGCACAUAUUCUCAAUUUCCCUCGACAGAUCCAUUUCCCGUUGAGUUCUUGGAGAAUUUGAAACAAGAUGAUCCCAACAUUAUUGGUCACUUUUUCCUCAUACAGCAAUAUUUGAAGGGUGAUCAAUCUCCAUGGUGGCAGUAUAUCAAACUACUUCCUCAGCCAAAUGAUCCCAAAAGCCUUGGGAUUCCUAUCUGGUGGCCAGAAGAAGAUCAGGAAUUCCUCACCGGGACAAAUGCAGAACCUCCACUUCAGAAGCGAGAACAGAUGUGGAGAGAUCAGUGGAAGAAGGGAGUUGUGCUUUUGAGGGAAUUGCCAAACCAUAAAGAAUACAGUUAUAUCUUGUAUCAAUGGGCUGCUACUAUAUUUGAUAGUCGAAGUUUUCGACCAUCCUUGACAGUUUGUCCUGAAGCUUUGAGUGAGAGCUCUACAGAUAUAGAUCUCAAUCUAGAUCACAUUCGCAAUGAUAGGUUUUCGAUCCUAUAUCCACUUGUUGAUAUAGGCAAUCAUAAUGGUAUCAAUCAAGUAGAGUGGAGAAAAGACCCUAUCUCCAAUUCCUUCGAUCUAGUUCAUUCUGCUGGUGUCUCACAGGGAGAUCAGAUUUACAAUUACUAUGGAAAUAAAUCAAAUAGCGAAUUACUAGUUGGCUACGGUUUUAUUCUUCCAAACGAUCUUGUGAAUCGAAAUGUUGCCAAUCUUAAAUUGACUCCAGAUCAUAAUGCUAUUCAAUUACGCAGAAGUCAAAAUUGUCACAGUCGUCCAGAUCCAAGACAGCCGGAGGAAGAAUUCAUGUUUGCUGUGCAACCAACAUCUACUAAUGGAUCACGAGAUUCUAGAAUCUUGGAAUUUCGCAGAUUCGGAGAAGGUCUAGUGGAUCUCAUUUGCUGUAUUGUAGCAAAUGAACGAGAGCGUUCAUAUAUGUUGAAGUUUCCGGAAAUAUGCCCAGAAAGAAUUGCACAGCCAUUCCAAAGCCCUCUAUGUAGAGCAGUGUUGCAGGCAAUAUUCAUUAUUCAAUCUAAGCUUGCAUACGAAAUUGAGAAGAUUGAACAAAUCGGUGCAAGUCUAGGUCCCCCUCAAAAUCCCAAUCAAUCUCUCGCUCUGAAUUACCGGAGCCUCCAACUCGCUACCUUACGGUCUGCCCUCCAACCCCUAGAUCUUCUAACCACACCAAUUCUUACCCCAUCGCUCGAAAUCUCAGCACCUUCUCCAACAAGCAAUUUGCAAAUCCUCUCAAUCGAACAGGCCUACUCACUACUUACCCAACACUACCCAUCCCUAUCUACAAGCAUCCACAACCUCAUCGCCUCAGACCAAGAAGAAGACCUCCCUCUAGAUUGGUCUGUCCUUCUCGAAGAUUGGAACUUCACAUACUGGACUCUGUGGGUCUAUAUCAUCAUGCUCAAACGAUCUGAUCAAAAGACUCUUGCGGCUAUACACCCAGCAUUAGAACAAUGGAAUCUUCUCCCCCUCGCCACCCCACAGAAUCCCGUAACCACCUUCCACGGCGCCGUCGACGAACACGAAACCCUCACAACCACCCUCUCCCAAUUACGAGAACUGCAUCCUGAGAUUUUCACCCUCCAAAAUGUAAAUCACGAGCACUUACUCAAUCUCGCAAGUCACUUGGUUAAGGAACAGGCAUUUAUGGCACCGUAUAUCAUGUUGGAUGGGGCGGCAAAGGGAAAACGGAUUAUGCAAUUGGUGGUGUGUAUUUGGGGCGAGGAGUUGUGA